UCUUGUUAGUCUACACAAAACGCCACAGCGCAGCAGACGUGUGAACGAACAGAACGUGCUGAACGGUAAACGGCAAACGGUAAACGGCCCACGGCGAAUGGCAAAUGUAAUCCAAUCGUAAACGAAUACGCGUGUGGGAGGCAUUCAAAUAUUUAUUGCUGUUGUGAUAUAAAUAUUAUACAAGCCUUAAAUUAAUAAAAUGCUUGGUUAGCAACAAAUAGAAAACAAAUUUUGAAAAAAAAAACAACAAUAAAUUAUACAACAAUCUGUAGUGCAAAAUGGUGAAAAUCGUUGACGAGCUCAACGCACAUCAUCAUCAUCAUCCACAUAAUCACGCGCAGCACACACAUCAUCCACAGCCAAAUACGCAUCCGCUUUCGCAUUCGCAUCCGCAUCUUAAUACCGUCGGCGCAUUGAAUCUGAAUUUGAAUCUGACGCCGGCUACGCUGCUCAUGAAAAUGGCUCGCACGCCGCAUCUGAAGUCCAGUUUCUCCAUCAAUUCCAUAUUGCCGGAGACGGUGGAGCAGGAUGAGCAGCGCGACGAGGAGGAGGACCAGCAGCGACAUCAGGCGGAACAAAAGUUCAACAAUAAUAACAACAACAACAACAACAACAACAACAAUAACAAUAGCUCACCUCUGGGUUCAGAACCAGAGAGCGAUGUGGAAUCGGAUCUGGAUGUGACCUCCAUGUCGCCAGCACCGCCCGUUGAUGUAGACGAACCCGAUGAUGAAGAUGCGGAUGCAGAGGGCGAUGGAGAUGCAGAAGGAGAUGAGGAUGUGGAAUGUGAUAACGAUGGCGAUUCAGAGACCAAAUCAACAGAUGGCAAACCCAUCAAGGACAAGAAGGGCAACGAGAAGCCGCCAUACAGCUACAAUGCGCUCAUCAUGAUGGCCAUCCGGCAGAGUCAGGAGAAGCGUCUGACAUUGAAUGGCAUCUACGAGUACAUCAUGACCAAUCAUCCGUAUUAUCGGGACAACAAACAAGGCUGGCAGAACUCCAUCAGGCACAAUCUCAGCCUGAACAAAUGCUUUGUGAAGGUGCCGCGGCAUUACGAUGAUCCCGGCAAGGGUAACUACUGGAUGCUCGAUCCCUCGGCGGAGGAUGUAUUCAUUGGUGGCUCCACCGGCAAACUGAGACGUCGCACCACCGCCGCCAGUCGCUCCCGCCUGGCCGCCUUCAAGCGCUCGCUGAUCGGACCGAUGUUUCCCGGUUUGGCGGCGUAUCCGCAGUUCGGACAGUUCCUCACCUAUCCACAGGCGGCGCCCAGCCUGCUGGCUAGCAUGUAUCAGCGCUACAAUCCCUUCGCGCCAAAGAGUCCAGCCGCGGCGGCGGGUCUGCUGCCACCCGGCCUGGUGGGCCACCCGGGUGGAGCGGCGCCACCGCAACCGCCCCCGCCGCCCUUCGUUAGCCCCGCCAGCAGCCAGGAGCUGUACCAGCGACUGCAGUACCAGCAGCUGCUGCAUCAGCAUGCCGCCGCCGCCGCUCUGGCGGCACAUCAAAGGCAGCUCAGCGCAGCGAUGCCCACUGCGCCGGCGCCACAGCCACACAUGACACAUCUCGGCCAGCCGCCUUCAUCGCCCAGCCUGCUGCAGCAGCAGCAACAGCAGCUUCUUCAGCAACAGGCCAACGGCGACGCCAACUCCCGUUCUCCUGGUCCAGCUCCACAGCCGCAGCCGCUGCCGCUGCCGCAACCGCAGCAACCGUUGCUCAAGCCAGUCACAGUUGUCACACGCAAUAGCUGAAGCAGCUGCUGGGCCGGCAUGUAGUGUAUAAGUAUUCGUUGUACAUAAAAAAAAAAAUUAACAAAAAUUAGCCGCGACUGAGGCGCUAGACGCUUGUAAAUAGAGAGAGAGAGAUAGAGAAAGAAGUGUAAGAAAAUGGCAUAACUUCGGCUAGUCGAAGCUUAAAUACCCUUGCAGAGUAAAGAUAUUUAGCGUAUAUAUAGAUAUAUAGGGAAUCAAAUUAAAUAAAAAUAUAUUUAUUUAGCUGAAGGGAAUUAUGUAACUUUACCUUACAGAGAAAAUCAUGAAAAUUUCUUGAAUAUGUUUGAGUUUUAUACUAAAUAAAAUCCAAAAAGUAUUUUUUGAAACUUAAAAAUCCAGAUAUUUCCUUUUACUUGUAUUAAUGAUCAGCUAUUAAUACAAAAUUGUUUGAUAUUAAAAGUUUGUCUAAAAAAAAUAAUAAAGUUGCUCUAUUAUACAAACAUAGGGAAAAUUCAAGAUUUUUUCAAAUUAAACUUACAGAUCAACAUUUCAAAAGUUUAAAUCUGUAAAAUAAUUUAAUUAUGGCCAAUCAUCCUUUUCCGGCUUUAUCCAUAUGAUACAAAGUAAAAUAUUACAAAAUAACGAUCCACAGAGCCUGGAUAAUUGUAAUAUUGUUGAAAAAGGCUUAAAAAACUUUUCUAACUAAAGCUUAUGUUGCUUAAAAGCUUUUAAAAAUAGUUUGCUGAAAUUCUAUUUCUUGAGGAACAAAUUUUAAUAUUAUUAAAUUUUAAUAUUAUUCCAAAUUCACCCAACUUAACUU